GGGAGCCAGGGGUGACUGGGGCUCCUCCUGAAACCUCAUUUGCCACGAAUAGGUCAAGACCAUUCACUGAAACUCUGAUGUCCAAGUUUCAGCGAAUGCGCUGUGGUGUCUGAGUGCAAGUGAAGGCAACACUGAUGACUAACAGCUGUAUGUACCAGCAGGCUGUGCUGCCAUCCAUAAAUCUCACAGUUAGUGCCUUCAGCUGAAGGAGGAACGCACAGAUCUCACAACGUUACCAAGAUUUGAAGUUUGUUGCUUCCAGCUGUUUAUAGGAAUCUUUAUUUUAAGUUUAUUAAAUACCUGCAGCAUCAGACAGCAGCAGGAUCCAAAAGUGAGAGAGAGAUAAACAUUUCUGCAUAAUGCAGGAAUAACUUCAUUAAUUACUAAUAAAUUAUUUUUGCAAUAGAGCUACAGUUAAAUCAUUAGUUACACAGCUCAGUAUUAUUUUACUGUAGAAGUCUGAUCCAUCAAAAUAUUACAAACUUUUUUUACAUUUUUUUAAAAAAAUAUAGAGACAUUUUGUCCUUUCCCAGUAGGACAUUUGCAGCAAUGACACUCCCAAGCUAAUGGAUGCACUGUAGCCCUCGCUAAUCAUGAAAAUAUAACAUGUGGCUGAGAAAAAUGAACCUCCAUAUUACAAAAGCAUAACAAAAUUCCUGUUGGUUUUUGUGAGCCACCCCGGGGUUUCCAUUGGGCCCCAUGUUGUCAUCCAGAGGGGGCGCCCCUGUUAACUGUAGCUAAUUUAACUUGCAUGAACAUUUGAAUACUUCUUCCACUCACUUACGAAGUAAAAGUUACAGUACAUAGUUAUCAUUAAAAUAUACUUUAUUUCAAUACGCUACUUACUAAAUAAAAACACGGCUGGAGCGGAUGUGCAGGUUAGCUAGCAACAGGAUGUUGUUACGAGUCCCGUCCGAGGAGGAAAGUAGGUCACACUCGGGUCUUUCCGUGAUAAGACACGAAGUACAAACUCGUCCAACGACUAACUGUACUGGAGCUCCCCCAUUGGCUCCAACCGUCCAUCCGCCGGGAAAGGAGGCGGGGGCGGGCUGCUGAAUGACGGCCGGAGCUUUGUUGACAGUUAGGAGCCGAGACUGCCCACGGGACCCACUCAGGCCUACCUACAUCACAUCUCCACUCGCGUAAAUAUGUCAGAUAGAAGAGGAGGAGCGCGUCUUCGUCGUUUCUUGUAGCACCGGGAGAUGUUGAGCGCCGCGUCGGGGCUUGCGUGUCAGGACGACACGGUGUCGAGGCGGAGCGGACGCUUUCACAGGUUGAUGAUCCGCAUUUGGCAGCGAGCAGGCGAGACGGCAGAAGUAGCUAUACGGUGUUAGUGUCCAUAGGCAGUUCCUCGAAACGCAGACUCGUGUUGUGAGGAACAAAAGGCGGUGCUUGCUAAUUCCUGAGAAAAUACAACUCCGACCAGAGUGACACAUGUAGCUAAACGCUCGCAUGUCUGGCUGAAGUUGACGCUCAGACUUGGGCUACGAGCAGGAGGCUUGUCUGCCAGCAAAGGACCGUCCGUCUUGCACAUUUGACAGAUAGCCAAUCAAAUCUGGUAUUCAAAUCGGUGCUCUUAUGUCAGUGACCUAUAUCUCAUGCAUGUACGCCAAGAGCCCACAGUAACCUCUCCUCCAGACCAGACAGCAUGGGGAUCAACGGGCUAGACAAUCCAGCACAGCCGUCCAGCGGAGUUUCCCGGACGGAGCAGCCGGCUGCAGAUCCUCAGAUGGAGCACACAAACGCUCCCCAGGAACCAGACACGAGCAGGGGAGAUCAGGCGGCGGGCAGCGAGUGUAAAAUCGCGAAGGAGGACAGCGAUGUGCAGCUGAUCGAGGCUGGGUGCAAGCCGUCCCUGUCCUCGCCGGCUUCCGAAUCCGAGGCUGGGGUCCAGGUGGACAGGCACGGCCACGGAGGAGGAUUUGUCCCACCAGAAGGAGGCUUUGGCUGGCUCGUGGUGUUCGCUGCGACCUGGUGCAACGGCUCGAUCUUCGGGAUCCAAAACUCUUUCGGCAUCCUGCAUCUGAUGCUGGUAAAGGAGCACACAGACCCGGAGGACCAGACUUCCCAGUUCAAAGUGGCCUGGGUCGGGGCCUUGGCCAUGGGCAUGAUCUUCUUCUGCUCACCUGUGGUCAGCAUGUUCACAGACCACUUUGGCUGCAGGAAAACAGCUGUCAGCGGAGCAACACUGGCUUUUAUUGGGCUGCUCAGUACAUCAUUUGCAAACUCCUUGAUCCUUCGUUACUUCACGUAUGGCAUAUUGUUCGGCUGUGGCUCCUCCUUUGCCUUCCAGCCCUCAUUGGUCAUCCUCGGCCACUACUUCCGCCAGCGCCUAGGCCUGGCCAAUGGUGUGGUGACGGCUGGUGCCAGCCUCUUCUCCAUGGGCCUCCCGGUUUUACUCAAGAAGGUGGCGGAACCUCUGGGCCUCAGCAGAACCUUCCAGAUCCUCAGCCUCUUCAUGCUAGUGCAGGCCCUGCUGGCGCUAACAUUCAAACCCCUGCUCCCCGCUGGGGGAGGCAUGGGCCCGCCAGGAAUGGGCCCUGGCCUUGGUGAAUCCCAAACCCAGGCUAGUGCUCAGGGUGGGAGCAAGUGGAGCAAAGCCGUUGCCCGGGUCAGGAAGUACUUCAACCUGCGCGUGUUUCACAUCGUCACGUACCGGGUGUGGGCGUUCGGAGUGGCCACAGCUGUGUUAGGCUACUUUGUGCCAUAUGUUCAUCUGAUGAACUUUGUGGAGGAACAGUUCAAGGAAACUCAAAAGGAAUGGGUGCUACUGGUUUGCAUAGGAGCUUCAUCUGGGGUGGGACGCCUAGCUUUUGGCAAGAUCGGGGACCUUAUUCCAGGUCUAAAGAAGAUCUACAUGCAGGUGGCGUCCUUCAUGGCGCUGGGCCUGAUGUCCAUGAUGAUUCCUCAGUGCUCGGUGUUCGAGGGCCUGGUGGUUGUGUGUGUGUUCUUGGGGCUGUGUGACGGGUGCUUCCUCACCAUGAUGGCUCCUAUAGCUUUUGAGUUGGUCGGCCCCAUGCAGGCUUCGCAGGCUAUAGGUUACCUUCUUGGCCUCAUGUCUCUCCCUAUGACAGCAGGCCCACCCAUCGCUGGUCUUCUACACGGCUACUUUGGGAACUACACGGUGGCUUUCUCCCUGGCUGGGGUGCCUCCUAUGGUGGGGGGUGUGGUGCUGUUCUUUGUGCCCCUGAUCCACCGCAAGCUCCAGCGAGGCCAGGCAUCACCGGAGGAGACGUCCACCACUGCCCACAUGUUGCCCACUGCCCCACCGGCGGAGGAGCCUAAGAGCUGCUCCAAUGGAGACAUCCUGCCCGGCUAUACCGACGUAGAGACACACAUCUGAGUCUCAUCUUACAAAGGGAUUCAGCCCACCAGCACCUUUUCUCAUGCUUAGAUUUCCCUCCUCCCAAACAGAAGUCACAACUCUGGGCUUUCUGUUGGCUGACCUUUAACCUCUUACCUUCCUGGACCCCUGUUGGCUGUUUGCUUUUUUUCAUGUGAAGUCGAAAAGGGCGCUCUGGCUACAAGCAACAGAGAGGACGAAAAGAAGGCACAUCAGCACUGAGCGAUGGAGGAGGAUAAGCACAACAGAGUCUCAACUAGAAUGGUUGUGACUCUGUAGUAACACGUACCUCCAAGAGGAAAGGAAUGAAGACGGUGUUAACUGAAAAAGUGGUAGUUUCUGAUUUCACAGCUUCUGAAGCUUAUUAGAUUCUAUAUAAACAUGUUACGAUGAAGAGGCAUAUAAAAUAAGAAGUCGUGAAGGGAGAAUUUCACAAUUUCUUUAUGUAGUACCUCACACAUCUAUUUUUUUAACACAAUGCAUUUUAUUUAGCUCAUGUAGCUGAAACACAGUCUCAUCUUGAUUGAUUUGCAGGUUUGCUGUAUUCAUGUCUUUUCUACUGCCUGUGUUUUCUGCUGUGACAGCUACAAGAGACACACGUGUAUCUGCUGUAAAUGUCACAGGAGGCAACAUACAAUUCUUUUGACAGAUGAGCCACCAGACACAAUCACCUCAACUCAACUGCACACAAGUUUUACACCGUGGCUGCUCACUGUACUCACAACCAGGGUCUAAAACUUUAGCAAAAGGAGUUUUCACUGCUGGUCUGCCUGCAUGAAAGACAGAUGUGUGAUUGUGGCAGCUGUUGAUUCCACCAAUUCAUAUGCAAUUAACUCUAGCGUGCUAGAUCUUUUAACCGUUUUCAAUUUAGGUCAGUGACUUUGAAGCAUGUGGCAGGUGAAUUUAUGCAGUCAAAGUUAAGAAGAAAAGGUGAGCAUCUGCUGCCUGAGUUAAUGAAACUAAACACUACAGUUGAUACAAGGUCUUCUCAUGACUCUGUAGAGCCUUAAUGUUUUAUUUUUCAAUCAGUGGUCUCUACAGUUUUUAUUGGCCUUUUAACGUUUGAGCAGGGUGCUAGACAAAUCCGCAUAAACUGUGUUCGUUACAGCUUUGACAAUAGUUUUGCACUGUGUGUAGUUGUCUAAGUGGGAAUCAUGCAGUUGUUACAGGAGCUUGAUGACUGUUGACAGCAUAGAUUUUCGUCAACUUCACAAAAGGCAUUUCUGUAUUGUUUAAUGUUAAACUUUCCUGUAUGUGUGUGCAAGAGAGUGUAUGUGCAGCACCCGGGCAUCUGCAUUUUGAUACUAACGUCAGUUAUGUCAUAUGAAACUACUACGUUUGGAUCUGUCGACGAGAGGGAACUACUGAGAUUAAAACCGCCAACCGGCCCAAGCCCUUUUCAGGCUUAUCUCACAGAUAUUCCACUCAAUUUGCUGCUGUAGUUUAGUCUCAUCACGAGGGCACCAUUCACUGUUUGGGCAGUAAUGAAAUAAAAACAUCACACCCUCGUCAAGAUGUUCCCUCGGGGGGACAAUUUGCAGUUACUGUUAUGUUUCAUAAACGUUCGGACCACUUACCUCUGCACUCUUAGAUUACAGGUUCUCCUGAACAAUGAACUUUAAUGAACAUAUGUGAAGUAGCUGCAAUAAUCAACUGUAUGAGUUAUACUAUGUGGUUAUAUGCAUAACUGAACAGUGAAGAGGGAAACUGGCAAAAGGACAUGCUCUGGUAUUCCUUCCUGUCAGUUCCCCUCUUUACUUUCACUGCCAUUAUUCAGUCUGUGUCUGUGCUACAACACUUCAGAGCCUAAAAGCUACACAAACCUCACAGCUUAGUGUAGCUUUUUGGGGGUAUUGCGAUAGGACAAACAGUUCUGAAUUGGAAACAUACACCUAUACCUCAGUAAUCAAACAAUCCUCAGCAAUCCAGUUGAACACGUUGACAUUCUUCAUUACUUUUCAGUUUUUUCCUGUUCUGUGCAGUGUUUGUUUUUGUUGCAAUCUCAGAGCCACAAAGCUGCCAAAUGCCAAUCUGUCAAUCAGCCUUGCUUCCUCCAACCUCAUUAGUGUCUGUUUAGGUACCACAGAACUGUGGAAAUGUCAAACUUCCAUUUACCCAAACAGUUGGUGCGCAAUCAGUUUUUUCUUCCUCCUUGUUUUGCCUUUGUAUCCUUUUGCUCAGUCGUUUUCCAUCCUCAUCAUUCCUGCUCUCUGUUACCUCUUCCUCCACAGUUACUUAUUGUAAAUUCUACAGAGUCUCUUUGUGAACAGUCUAUUUUCCCCAUCUGUGUUCAAAGAAAUGCAGUGAUUUAAAUGUCUAAUAUCCUUUACUAAAGUUAGAGGAGACGCAAGACUACAAGCAGUGGAGCAGAUCCGUACAAUAAUAUAUGCAUGUUGGAAAGCAAACGCAUAGGUCUCUAGUUUGACUAAGGUAGUGUUACGUUUAAUUAGCAGUGCAAACAGCUGUUGACACUAUUUGUAGCUCCUGCUACCAAGAUAAAAAAAAAAAAAAGGUAGAGGUAAAAAAAAGUAUGGGGUGCACGAGUAGUCCUUAUACCAGCUAUAUAAGCUAGCAAGGUCCUUUAUUUAACUGAAUCCAUGUCUUUUUGUCCAACUGUAAAAUUUGUUACAGGUUUUAUAACUUUGUGUUAUAAAAAGCCUGCAGGAGAUUCUUUCUAAAAACCUGCGUGCUGAAUUAGUAACCCGUAGCCUUAAUAGGUGAUUUUUAACUAUGUGAACUGCAUUCCCUCAUUGUAAAGACAACAUUUUUACAGAAAUAAAUAGGUAGCAUUUCAUAUGCUCCUGUACAGCACUAACUUAAAUUUCUGUUACUGCUGCACUGAAAACACAGAUGUUACUGAGUUGCACUAGUUUAUUGCUGUCAAACUAGGGGCCUAUGUCGCUGAAGUCCCAAAAGAAUGAAUGAAUGAGUGAAAACUAUUCCAGAGGGUGUUUCCUUUGGCAGGACCUCAGCCUUUUGGUUCAAAACCAACUGUGAAAGGCUGCUUGUGUAUGCACAAAAUUGUAUCCGUCUCAACAGAAUUUAAUAGGAUUGUUUUGUUUUUUGUGUUUUAUUGACUGUGAACAUAUAUAUAUAUAUAUAUAUGUAUAUAUAUAUUUCAUGUUGACUAUGUUGGCACCUUGUUACUAUUGUUGCUGUUUUCUUAGGAGAGACAAGGACUAAAAGCAAGACAUUUGAGUCACAGCAGUAACCUCAAUCUGAAAACAAAUCUGCCUUACAUUUACUCGUGGCCGGUAGCCUAGCUGUGUACCAGAACGGAAUUUGUUUAUAGAUUUGAGACAAAAAAAAAGGCAAAGCCUGUAUAGUACAUUUUUCAGAUCUCAGUGUAGCUUUGUAUUCAUUGUUUUUCUUUUUGUAGUUUCAAUAUAAACUAUAUCUUAACAGCAUCACUCAGUUUCUGGUCAGAACCAGCUGAGUGCUCCUUUGUUGUUUUUUUUUGCUUUUGUUUUAUUAACCUAUAUGUAGAUUCAAGUAGAGAAAACUGACAUGUAUCAAUAUAAUUUGUAAUGGUUUUUAAUCAACCAUAAACUAUUCUAGUUUUUUUUAUUUGUUGGUGUUUUUCAUGAUACUACUGGAAAGAGGACUGUUGAGUUGGUUUGUAAUGUAAAAGUGAAGGAGCUGAAUGAAUGAAGAAUGAUUCAGUACAUCUGGAUGGUUGCAUGGUGUCGGCUCUACCAGUGUUUGGCUUGCCAAAGUCUUUUCAUCUAUGCAGCAUCACAAUGCUCAUGGCCCCUUUCCUGUGAGCGCUUCACUCUCUGAGGUCUGAACAUGUCAGACUCUUAAUGACGAAUGUUUACUUGGACACCAAGUUUGCAUUUUCUCCGGUAGCAGUCAGAGCUGUAGCCUUCAGUGGUUCAGAAACAGCUAAACCUACAGUAGAGCCCCUUGUAUUUUACUCAAAGGAUGUAUGUACAACUAACACUAGUACUUUUUUCCCUUGUUUUUUAAGACAUUUUUAUAUAUUUAGAAAGCUGUUGCUGGACCUCUAGAUGUUUCCCUGACGGUCAAAAUGGCAAAAAUGUCACAUUUCUCACGCUGCAUUUGCUGUUCUUUGUUAUCUGCUGCUUGCCUGUGGCUUACAGUGUGCAGGUCAUAGCUUCAGAGAGGCACAUAGGAGUCACACAAGACUGUUUGUUUUCUUGGUUGUUACAUUCCUUGAAAAACAGAUCAGAUAAACUGAACAUAUUUACAUUUAAUGUCAGUUUGUUGUGUUUUAUUCAACAUUUUUUUUUUUUUACAGCUGAUAUCUCAAUUUUCAGAAAAACAAAGCUGCCCUCUCAGUCUUGUCUUAUUAACUUCAGUUGAAAAAAACCCCCACCUGACUUCAAGUCAGUCCAAACUGUUGCAGCACCAAGACUUGUUGUUUUACUGUGUAAUGUGCCAUUUCUCUGCUCCUCUGACCUCAGCCACUGCUCAUCUCUGUUUAGCUUACGUGCUUUUCCUGAGUCUGAAACCACACUAACAAUAUGUGAAACAGGAUAGCUGAAGGUCUGUGUAUUAGGAAGCUGAGCCACAACUUGCAAAAAGUCCGCACCUCAUAGACAACCAAGGAUCAUUUCCAGCAGCAAUGGUUUUUCAGCGUUUCAGUUUCAAUGUUUUCAUUGCUUUUUGCUCACACCAUGAUAAUGUACCCACCUUUUUAUGCGCCGCAUUUUCUAUAAGGCCUGUCUUCACACAUAUCUCUCAUUGUCUCGACUGUAAGCGCCCUGUUUUCACAGUUAUAAAUAUUCUGUUGUUUCAUGCUUUGCUGGUCAUAUAUUCUCAUUCGUAUUUCUUUAUGCGGCAACGCUCAGCGCAGGCCUUCCCACAGCCUUACAUGUUGAAAUGUUGUGCUAAGCAUUCUCUGUGUAACCUCCAGUAAGGCUGCUGCAGUUAAACCUCAACUGCCUCGCUUUACUUCUUAAAGCUGCCAGCUUUUGUCCUUCUGUCACACACGAGCUCUACCUUUUUAUAUGAAAAACUCAUUUCUGUUUUAUUCAGUGAUCUAACAAGGCCAGUGACAUCACAAGAUCUGAAAUUCAGUCAUGCUGCUAGAAAGAUUAAUGUAAUUUUUUUGUGUUUUGGUCGUAAUUUUGAAUCUGUAUCAAAAGAGGCACAUGUUUUUUUUUUCUAUUAAACCAACAAUAAAAUGUAAUAUGAGAACUCA